AUGAACACUCUUCACGGGAUCCUGGCCCAUGAAGGCCAGUCCCCUGACGGCAUCGUCUACCACCGUGGCGAUCAGGUCACCAUCUUCGAUGACGGUCGCAACGACAGCUGCAACAACGAGGUGCACGUCUUGAACCACCAGACCAACCAGGCCAUUGUCGUGCCUGUCUCGGCCGUCUGCUGGGUGCCGACACACAGCGAAAGCCGCCCGGCCGGCGUGACGCUGUUCACGAUAUAUGGACGUCGCAUCACCCACCAUCAACCCGGCGACCCGAUGCCUUCUCUCGCCAACCGAGCCAUCAAGGUCCUGCUCGGCUCAGGCCACCAAGUCACACACACCAUCGUUACCGAAGACGACAUUUCGACGUGGGCUCAGCGCCUGGAGGAGCCUGAGCGACAAGCCUUUUUCACAUAUCAGUGGAACAGUUUGCUCUCCGACUGGCCUGCCCGAGACAUGAACGACCUCCUCUCGGCUUGGCCAUGCCCAGAUUCAGAUGGUCUCUCCGAGGCUGGCCUCUCCAUGGGGACUACCAACUCGUGCAUCAGUAGCCCGACCACGCCCGCAUUGAGUAUUGACCAGAUUGGAGGCCCGAGGCGUGAUUCUGCCGUCGAUGUUGGCUGUUCAUCUCACAACAAGGACGCCCAGGAUCCAAUGUGCUUCCCUGGCGACGAGUACUCCCGCGGCCUCAACCCCUACCUUGUCUCAUCUGAGCCCGGCUCCCCGACACGUUAUGAUGCCAUCCCCCUCCCAACCUUUGCAGAGCAGCAGAGCGUGAACAAGCACGCUGCUCAAGCCGUGUCCGUGACAACCCACCCUACAGCCACGAUGGGUGGUCGACCCAGCGCCGCCUUCAUGGCGAGUUCGUACCUCGGUCCCAACGGAGGCCAAAUGGGGUAUACCGCCGCCAAUAACAAAUCCAUCCCCGUCGUCUGUCAGAGCGCGGCAACCGACUUUCAAGUUCACUACAUGUAUCUUCCCAGCUCCGACGACUCUGAGCACACGGGCAUAAACCACCCGCAGCAGCGUUACGAAGCAGCCAACAAUGAUGCUUCGUGGUCUCAACAAGCCGCCACAGAGUGGCCAUCGUACCAGUCAGCGGAGGUGUACCAAGGCGUGCAGUCUUCAGAUCAGUCUACAAUGCCUCCUCCCGUCAACCAAGAGACUGUCCCACGAGCACACAUGACGCCGAUGCCUCUUCCUACACUGUCAGAAAACGGUCACUACAUGACCACUAGCCACUACGAGCCUGUUCCCAUCCAGCGCUUCGAUGACAGACGUGCCGAAACCUUCGGCGCGUACAGCAUGGCGAGCAACACACCUGCCUUCCACCGAACACAAGAGCGCCAGACCGUCGGCCUGACAGCUCCCCCCCAGCCUCCCAAUGCCACCGUCUGGGCUCAGCAACAAUCGUCCCGGCCCGGCAACGGCAGGACGCCCGUUCCUCAGGCUGCGCCUGUCAACUUCCGCCGGUCCCCGAGCCAGCAGUCCUCUGCUCCAGCUUUCCGACCGGAGCUCAUCGUCGACUUUUUCACGCGGCAGACACAGCCUCACAUUGAUGUCCUCGACGUGCGUCAGCGCGAGCAGCAGGACGAGGUCCUGUCCCCUGAGCAGUCUGCAUCUCCUUCCGUCUCAGAGUCCCUCGAGGUGAUCCGAACUGCCACGGCGGAGACGCUGCGGGUUCUCGGUACGCUUCGGCCCGGUUCGAUGCCUUCUUUCAAUCUCACGGAGCAGAGGCUCCGCGGUGAGGUCGAGAAGAUCAUCGCCUCCGUGCAGAGCAUCCGCCAGACCGCCCUCGCUGGCAACGGACUGCCCCAACAAGACCGAAGGACACUGAACCAGCAGGUGCAGAGCUUGGCCGGUUACAUCGAGUACCUCGGCGAGGUCUUCCCUGACAUGGUAGAGCCUGCCAAGGCCUCCGAACCAGCGACCAGCGCCACCCAGACACAACCGUCUGCGCCGUCCUCGUCGUCGGCGCAGCGCCCAAGCACUGUAGCGCCGCAGACCGCCCACCCUGCGAACGGCAUGGCCAUCAACCGUGAGCAUCAGAGACUGCUGCGCCAGCUCGCCGAAGAUGUGGUGCCGUCGCAGCCCAGGAUGAUGAACCCCAAUGUGGCUCCGGCACCUUCCGCACCUCAGCCCGUGGUCAUGAUGCCGGGCCAAGACAUGAUGCCGGCGUCGUCUGGAGGUCCAUCUCCGAUCGACUUCCACCAGCCCAACUGGGCAGACGCCUCCGUGCCGACGAUCGUGGACCCCGCCAUGACUGCGGCCUACCCCGCCGUCCAGUCCAUCUCGGCGCACUCCUCGCCGUACCUGGGUCCGGCUGCCGACCCCAACCCCCGCGGCCACUACCUGCUCCCCGGGUCGGUCGCCAUGGCCACGACUGCCUCAGCCCCGGGCAUCGUGUCGACGACGUCCGCCCCUUCCCCUCUGCGCCCUUCGCCUCGCGGCCGCCUCCCCGUCGUCCUGUCUCCCAUGCCCAUGCCCGUGGCCUCGUUCGAUCGCCGGUCCUCCCUACCCGGCCGCCGCGUCGCCCAGCCUCCCCGGGAGAGGGAACGCUACCGCGCGGCCCCAUACCCGCAGUCCUACCGCGGCACGAGCGACCGUAAGGGUUCCAUCUGA